AGAAAUAAAAGGAAAUAGAAAAAAGGAACACAAGAUAGAAAAAUGGAACUGGAUCUAUCUCCGAAGUUGGCAAAGAAAUUGUUUGGAGAGAAUGGAGGAUCAUACUUUGCAUGGUGCCCUUCAGAGCUUCCCAUGCUACGUGAAGGCAACAUUGGUGCUUCCAAGCUUGCUCUUGAGAAGCAUGGCUUUGCUCUUCCUCGCUAUUCUGAUUCCUCCAAGGUUGCCUAUGUUCUUCAAGGAAGUGGGGUUGCAGGAAUUGUCCUUCCUGAGUCAGAGGAGAAGGUGAUUGCAAUCAAGAAAGGCGACGCCAUUGCCCUUCCUUUCGGUGUUGUAACAUGGUGGUACAACAAAGAGGACACUGAACUUGUAGUUCUCUUCCUGGGUGAAACCUCAAAAGCACACAAAGCAGGCGAAUUCACCGAUUUCUUUCUCACAGGCACAACUGGCCUAAUGACUGGUUUUACAACUGAGUUUGUGGCCAGGGCAUGGGACUUGGAAGAAAAAGUAGCUAAACUCCUCGUUGAGAAGCAAUCAGGGGUUGGCAUUGUCAAGCUUGCUGACACUUUCAAGAUGCCUGAACCCAAAAUCGAACACCGAAACGGUAUGGCAUUGAACUGUGAGGAAGCUCCAUUGGAUAUUGAUAUCAAGAAUGGUGGAAGAGUUGUGGUUCUGAAUACCAAGAACUUGCCUCUGGUUGGUGAGGUUGGGCUUGGUGCUGAUCUUGUUAGACUUGAUGGGGGUGCCAUGUGCUCUCCUGGCUUCUCCUGUGACUCGGCCCUGCAGGUGACUUAUGUGGUCCGAGGCAGCGGCCGAGUUCAGGUUGUAGGGGUUGAUGGGAAGAGGGUCCUGGAGACCACCCUAAAGGCUGGCAAUCUGUUCAUUGUACCAAGGUUUUUCGUGGUUUCGAAGAUAGCUGAUCCUGAUGGAAUGGAGUGGUUCUCCAUCAUCUCCACCCCCAAUCCAAUAUUCACCAAUUUAGCUGGAAAAACUGGAGUUUGGAAGGCCCUUUCUCCUCAAGUGCUGGAGGCUGCCUUCAAUAUUCCCCCUGAUGCAGAGAAGCAGUUCCGGUCCAAGAGGAAUUCUGAUGCUGUCUUCUUCCCCCCACCAAAUUAAGGAUAUCAGCCUUCUGAAGUCACUUCAAAUAAAUUUAGGGUAUUGGUUUAAUAUUGGAAUCUACCUGGUUUCAAGUAUGGGUUUAUAUAUGUAUGGAGAUGAAGUUGAUGGUAUUUUAUUUUUGAUAUUUGGUAAUAGAAAUAAUGCGACUGUUUCAUUUUUGCUAUAAAUCCGACAUUGAAGUUUAAUAUUGAAGAUAUUAAGAGA